AUGAAUUCCAACUCAAUUAUCUUUCGCGAGUUCACUUAUGAAUCAUUGCAACGCAUUGAACAUUAUCGUCGACAAACACGGGAACCUCUUUCUCCGAACAAAGAAUUAGCCGAAGGACAAAUACUACCAAAACCCUUACAAAAUCUAUUUCCCGAUGAACUCAUCGGUAAACCAAUCGAAGAUAUCGAUUGUUAUUACCGUGUAGAAUAUGUGUUUGUUGUUAUCAAUCAAAGGAAAACAAUCUAUCGAUUUAGUUCAAGACCCGCUUGUUUUCUACUUUCACCACUGAAUUGCUUUCGACGUUUGGCUAUACGAAUCUUAACACAUUCACUCUUUAGUACACUAAUUAUGCUGACAAUUCUAACGAAUUGUAUUUGUAUGACACUUGAUAAUGUUCCAGAUACGCUCGAGACGAUUUUUACAAUGAUUUAUACAAUAGAAGUGUUAAUCAAAUGUUUAGCAAGAGGAUUUAUUUUCGAGAAAUUUACGUUCCUACGCGAUCCAUGGAAUUGGUUAGAUUUUAUUGUCAUUAUCUUUGCUUAUAUUACGUUUUUCAUUAACAUGGGCAAAUUUACCGUCUUACGAGUCGUUCGUGUAUUGAGAGUAUUGAAAACUGUUGCUGUUGUACCUGGUUUGAAGACGAUUGUCAAUGCUUUAUUUCAAUCGUUUAUUUCUCUACGUGAUGUGACUGUUCUAUCCGUGUUUAUUCUUUCAAUCUUCGCUUUAGUCGGCAUGCAAUUAUAUAUGGGCGUUCUUCGGCAAAAAUGCGUUCCUCAAUAUGAUUCGUUUUUGAACACUAGUCAGUUCAAUAUGUCAUAUAGAUCCUAUUUAAAGAAGAUAGAUGACGAAGCUUAUUGGUACCAAGACAACGAGAAUUAUCUUCUUUGUGGUAACGCGAGUGGAAGUACUAGAUGUCCUAUAGGUUAUGUUUGUUGGAAAGAUCGAGGGAUAAAUCCUAAUUUUGGAUAUACAAGUUUCGAUAAUUACGGUUGGGCACUGCUCGCAUGUUUUCGAUUGAUGACUCAAGAUUAUUGGGAGAAUCUUUAUCAAUUGGUGUUAUCCGCAGCUGGUCGUUAUCACUUUUUAUAUUUCGUUGUUGUGAUCUUCUUCGGUUCAUUUUAUUUGGUGAAUUUAAUCUUAGCUAUCGUUUCCAUGUCUUAUCUUCAUCAACAGACUAAAACAGAAGCAGAAAAUAAAGAAAUUCAAAAUAAAAAAAAGAAACAAUUGAAUAAAGAACAGUCGAUUUCGAUGCUUCGAUGCCAGGAUACAACAGAUAUUCCAUAUAUUGAUAGUUCAAUAAAUACCUUAAAUCAAGAUAACACAACAACGAACAGAUUAACCUCGGGACAGAGUUCAAAUCAAACGAAGUUAACAUUAACUUCAGAUACCGACACCGCUCGUGUCUAUCUUCGAUAUCUACGAGUCUACUGCUGUGAGUGGGCUUGUCAAUGGGAAAUCUUUCACAAAUUUCAAGCUCUAGUCGCUGUUUUCAUCUUGGAUGCAUUUGUUGAAUUAUUCAUAACGAUAUGCAUCGUAUUGAAUACAUUAUUCAUGGCACUAGACCAGCCCGGUCAAAGCGAGAAGAUGACACGAGUUUUGACGAUAGGAAACUACAUUUUUACAAGUAUAUUCACAGUUGAAUCGAUUCUGAAGAUAAUUGCAUUAACACCUGGCAAAUUCUAUAGAAAUGGCUGGAAUGUAUUUGAUUUUCUAAUUGUUACCGUGAGUUUGAUUGAAUUAGGUCUUGCGAAUGUCAAAGGUUUGAGUGUCUUACGCUCAUUUCGGCUACUGCGUGUAUUUAAAUUGGCGAAAUCUUGGCACACGCUGAAUCGUCUUAUUUCAAUAAUCGGCAGAUCGAUCGGAGCGCUGGGAAAUUUAACAUUGAUUCUUGUUAUUACCAUAUUUAUAUUCGCUGUGAUGGGAAUGCAGCUUUUCGGUCAAAAGUACAAAGAUAAAUUCGGAAAGAAUAUUCCUCGAUGGAAUUUCUGCGACUUUUUCCAUGCAUUCAUGAUUGUGUUUCGUGUUCUCUGUGGCGAAUGGAUUGAAUCAAUGUGGGUGUGUUUGGAAUGUGCUGGUUGGCCGUGUAUUCCAUUUUUUCUCCUCGUAUUCGUCAUUGGGAAUCUUGUGAUAUUGAAUUUGUUUUUGGCUCUUCUGCUGGCAUCGUUUAAUUCGAAUGUGUUCGUUGAAAAAGAAGAGGAUGAGAAUGAAAAUAAAAUUGCUGAAGCUAUCAAUCGAAUUCAACGAUUUGUUCGUUUCCUAAUUGAAAUUCUCCGACGAAAUGAGACUAAAUCAAUAAAAUAUAAAGUUAAAGCAUCGAAAGCGAUUAUUGUAGAAACUAUCGAAAUGCAAGCAAUGGACAGCGCUGUUUCUCUACCGGAAAACAUUCUCGACACGCCACCCGACUGUUGUCCGACGCUCAUUUCCAAGUAUUUCGCUUGCUGUGCUGAAUGUAUUCCUCAAUUUCUGCAAACCCAAUGGAAAUCUCUUCGAAGUUCGAUCCAUCGACUAGUUCAACACCGGUUUUUCGAAUGGUUCAUCAUCGCAAGUAUCGUAGCCAGUAGUAUAACUCUAGCGUUAGAAGAUGUUUAUACUCGACAACGUGCAAUAUUUUCGAAAGUUCUAGCAAUGUUUGAUAUCAUAUUUACGAUUAUUUUCACGAUUGAAUUACUUCUUAAAUGGUUCGCGUAUGGAAUUCGCACAUAUUUUAAAAACGGAUGGAAUGGUUUAGACUUUGUCAUUGUUAUUGUUAGUGUUUUCGGAACGCUUCUCGAUGCGUUCAAGGUGGCUGAUAUUCCUGUAUUGAAAUCAAUGCGAACUUUACGAGCCUUACGUCCAUUGAAAGCCCUUUCACGAUUCGAAGGAAUUCGAGUUGUCGUUAGUGCAUUAUUUGGUGCCAUACCGGCGAUAUUCAAUGUCUUACUUGUUUGUUUAGUAUUUUGGUUGAUAUUUUCUAUCAUGGGUGUGCAGCUGUUCGGUGGAAAAUUUUAUAAAUGUGUUUAUACUAACACGCACGACCAGGUGAAAAUAUCGGAGAAUGUCACGAAUAAAAUCGAUUGUUUGAAGAAAAACUUCACAUGGGAAAACUCACGUAUUAACUUCGACAAUGUCCCGAAUGGAUAUUUGGCUUUAUUUCAAGUUGCAACAUUCAAAGGUUGGAUGGAAAUCAUGGCUGAUGCAUCGGAUGCCAAAGAGAUCGGAAUACAACCGAGUUACGAAACGAAUGUGUAUAUGCUCAUUUAUUUCGUAAUUUUCAUUAUAUUUGGCUCGUUUUUUACUCUGAAUCUGUUUAUCGGUGUAGUUAUCGAUAAUUUUAACCAACAGAAACGAUUAUUAGGAGUCGGCGGCACGUUGCUAAUGUUUAUGACCGAAGAUCAAAAGAAAUAUUACAAUGCGAUGAAAAAAAUCGGUAAAAAGAAGCCAAAAAAAGCUUUACCAAGACCAAAAUUUAUUAUCGCUGGAUUUCUAUUUGAUUUAACUCGUAAUCAAAAAUUCGAUAUAUUCAUUAUGCUGUGCAUCUUACUGAACAUGCUUUGUAUGUGUCUCGAACAUUACAAUCAAAGUUCGACGUAUGAUUUUCUUCUUGGAUUGAUCAAUCACAUUUUCGUCGGAAUAUUUACUAUUGAAUGUCUAAUGAAACUAAUCGCAUUGAAUAUAAAAUAUUUUACCAUCCCGUGGAAUAUCUUCGAUUUUGUCAUCGUCAUCGCAUCGAUUCUUGGACAAGCCUUAGGAGAAAUUAUUGCUAAAUUUGUUGUUAAUCCAACGUUGUUACGUGUCAUUCGUAUCGUACGCAUCGGAAGAAUUCUACGUCUUAUCGAAGGUACAAAAGGUAUCCGAACACUACUUUUUGCACUCGCUGUUUCCUUACCGGCUCUAUUCAAUAUCGGUCUUCUUCUUUUUCUUGUCAUGUUCAUCUAUUCAAUAUUUGGAAUGUCGUUUUUUGCAUACGUAAGAAAGUCUGCUGGCAUUACUGAUUUGUUUAAUUUCGAAACAUUUCCUAAUUCAAUGAUUGUUCUGUUCCAAAUGUGCACAACUGCUGGCUGGUCAGGGGUUUAUCAAGCGUUGACCAAUGAUCAACCACCGGAUUGUGAUCCAACUCUAAAUUUACCAUCGCAUAAGGGCGAUUGUGGUGACACAAUUGUUGCCACAGCAUUUCUUGUUAGUUACGUUAUUAUUACUUCUUUGGUUGUAGUUAAUAUGUACAUUGCAGUGAUAUUGGAGAAUUUCUUUCAAGUUCAAGAAGAAGUGCAGCAGGGUUUAACUGACGACGAUUAUGAUAUGUAUUACGAAAAAUGGCAGCAGAUCGAUCCGGAUGGUACGCAGUUCAUUCAAUACGAUCAAUUAUCAGAUUUCGUUGAUGGCCUCGAACCACCAUUACGUAUUCCUAUACCAAAUAAGUUAUCCAUCGCAGCUAUGAACUUGCCGAUCUGUGAGGGUGAUCGUAUGCAUUAUCUCGAUAUACUUGACGGAUUAACCAAGUAUUUUCUUGGAACAUUCGAUAUACCGGUCGAAAGUCUGGUUACUGCUACAUCGAUGAAGACAAUCAAGGAUCGUCCGAAAGAUUGUCAUCCGAUAGCAACAACUGUACAACGGCAACGUGAACUGCAUUUGAGUCGAAUAGGUGUUAAAGUCUAUACAUGUACGUUUAAUGGUGAGGGUGUGGGUGAGGGUGAAAAUGGCGAACUGACUCUAGAAUUGUACAUUCACAGCCAUCAAGACAUUCCUUUUCUUUGUGAUGUGCAUGAUAAUACACAAUUUCCACCGAUCGAAUCAGAUGGCAUAUGUUUGAGCUCUGGAAGUAGACAUAAAUUAGAUUAUACGAAGAAAUACAAUAAACUUUUAUCUACUCCUCAUACAGAUUGUACAAUUAAAGUUUUUCAUUCAACAGAAAUUCUAUUUGCAUCUUAUCAAGGUGCCGAUUAUGCUUAUUCUCAAACGAUUUGCAUACAUCUUUGUACUCAACCCUAUAUGUAA